AUCGCGGUUCAAGAGUGGAACCUGUGCGCAGAAGUGACUGGGCGAGGCUCAGAGCGUGUACAAGUCCAGAGCUCCAUCUCAUCUGUCGGUCCUGCGGGCGGAGGCGGAAUCUGGGGCUUCUUUAAGCGCGCGCAUUGAAUCCUCAUUUCUUUUCCCAUCCAAGGCUCCUGGGUUUAUUAGUAACUCAUUACGCCUUCGUCUGAUGCUUUCCAUUUCAUCCAUCAAGAGCUGCGGUGUCACUCAUUUCUCAGCAACCUGCGCGUGAUUUUAUAACGUUAAGCACCGCAAAUGUCUCGAGCGUGUGCGGCACCGCAGCCGAUUCGCGCCGCGCGCAAAACCGAGUGGCUCCGCUGCGCCCUCGCGCACCACUUCUGCCGUGAGUCCGGGGUCGAGAACGAGAUCGUGGUGCUGGCCACCGGCAUCGACCAGUACCUGCAGGAGGUCUUCCACCACCUCGCCUACGCCAGCAGCAGCAGCAGCAGCAGCGACCUGGUGUCCGCACAGGAUUUCCGGCUGCUCUGCUCGGUUCUCGGUGUGAGCGCGGAGGAGGAUGAGGACAGAGCGCGCGAGGACCGGGACGUGUGCUCCGCGCUUCCCCCCGCGCUCACCUUCAGGGAGUUUCACUCGCGCCUCUGCGGUUUCUUCACCAUCCGAGCGCGAGACGCACCGACAUCCGCGCGCCUUCCGGUCACCGAGGAAACGGAGCACGUGGAGCGCGAGAUCAGGCUCCGGUGGCCGCGCGUGCGGCGGAGAAAGUGCGUCAGCUUCGACUUGAGUCGGGACAGUGCUGCGAACAGGACAUCACGCGACAGGACGGAAAACCUGAAAGUUUGCGCACCAGAAUCCACGCAAGCAGGACAGCACAGUCAGCAGAGAUCAUGGCAGGAGCAGGUGGAGAUGGAGAAUGCCAGUCUGAGAGAGCUUGUGGAAGACCUGCGCUCGGCUCUCCAGAGCAGCGACGCUCGCUGCAUGGCUCUCGAGGUGGCUCUGAGGAGGGAGCGUCUGUACUCACCUGGCAAAAGCUCUCCACAAAUCACUGAAAGGCAAACCUGCUUUGCUGGCAGCGAGCCCAAACUGAGGCAAACCAAACAAACCAGGCUCACGAAGGACCUGCUCCGAGAGCUAGAGCUGAUCCGUGCUUCACGUGACGGCCAGCUGGAGGAGGCGAUGAGGUUCAACCAGAGGCUGGAGGAGGAGCUUAUGUCGGCGUAUGGCGAGGUCAGCAGGCUGGAGGAAACAGUGGCGAGGCUGAGAAGAGAGAGCGCUGAGAUCAAGAGGAGGGCGGAGGAGGCGAGAGCGGCUCUCGCUGCAGGCCUGGCGAGGGUCAGAGACAUGCAGGACCAGGCGCAGCAGGUCACGCCACUGCAGGAGAAAGUCCAAAACCUCGAGGCAGAACUGGAGACAUUCAGAUCUCGGUGCACCUGCAGGGCUGAACAUGAGAGAGGACCCGGACCUCCAGUUGAGUCUGUGGAGCCCACAGCACGUGUGAUUCCCACAGGCCGAGACGAGACGCUCAUCAGAGGAGAGGAAGCCUUGCAGAGGGCAGUGGAGGGCCGGGCAGCCUCAGAUGAGGAGGAGGAGGUGAGGGUGAAGGAGGAAGGCCAGUGCUGUCUGCUGGAGGUGAAGCGACUUAUUAACAAACUUCACAACUGUGCAAAGGGAUGUCAGAAGAUGGCGUUGUGGCAUCUGCUCCUGUCACAGAACUCGACAGGACAUUAUAGCAAUCAGAUCGGCUGCACCGGACCACCGGAGACAAAGACGAGGGGACGAAGGCACCCCAUGCUUCUGGAUGAGAAGAAAACAGAUAAAAGAAUCUCGCGGAGAACCCUGGGUAAAAUCCUGCUGAACACGCUAGAUCUGUGCAACACAAAAGGCCAAGAAUCGAUUCCCAUCUUCCAGGUCGUGGACGCUCUUUGUCAGCAGCUGGUCUCCAGCGAGCUGGUGUGUGUGGAGGGAGACGUUACAACGUGGCGAGGUGUGAAUCUGCAUCACCAAAACACCACAAACUCCCUCCUCAUCUCCUGCUGAGAGACUCGUCUACUUCAUCCAGGGAAGUGGUGUGAACGAGUGAAGGCUUUGGGAUGUUGAUCAGAAGCUCAAGUCCCAGAGUCUUUGAGGAAGAUACUUAAAUCCUUAGAGUGUGACUUGCUUUGGAUAAAAGCAUCAGCCAAAUGAGUGAAUGUAAAUGUAAAUCUGUGUGUAUAAUCUGUAUCUAAUCAGUUUCUCGGAAUUAUAUGUAAGAUUAAAAGAACCUCAUCCUAGAAGAAAAAACAUAUUGUCUCACUAUCUAAUGAAAACAUAGUGGUUGCCAUUAAAAUAUUUUCCCAUCAGGAUCUAAUCGUUUUUCCAGGAUUCAGUUACAGAUCCAUAUCCGUGUAUUAUGGUAACGCCUUACUCACAAAUGACCACUGAUCCAUGCCGGAAAAAGAAAAACAAAUAUCGGAAUACUCUUAAUUGGAAUUGCCGUAAACAUCUUCCCAUCAGGAUCUAAUUAUUUUCAUGGUUUCCAAAACGUUUUUAUUCCGUUGCAUGUGCAUGAUGUCGAGUGUGUAUUACGUAAUUAAAGGAGUGAUUUUCUUAAUUGCACGGCAGAUUGCGUUGCCGCGUCACAGCUCCAGGAUCCCAGGUUCAAACACAGGGAAUCUCAGACUCUCCCUGUGUCCAUGUUGGUUUCAUAAGGAUUCUCUGCUUUCAUCCGAACAUCCAAAAACAUACCAGUAGGUGGACUGGUGAACUUUGAAUGUGUGUGAGCCAUCAAUAGAUAUACAUCGCAUCUAGGGUGUGUUGUCACCUCGUGCCUGGUGUGUUCCUGGAAUAAACUCCAGGAUACUGAAGAUGAGUGCUUUCAGCUCAUUAAAACAAUCACCAUUAGAGACCAUUGGUUUACUAGAGGAUGCAUUUGGAUUCCAUUAGAAAACCAUCAGACAUAUCUAGAAUGUGUCACAACUGUUAAGGUUUCCAUUACGUAAUCCAAACUGACUUAAUGGUUUCCAUCAGAUUCGUAUAAAUUUCUAGUUACUAUUAAAUACCACUAGAACCCAAUUCAGUGCACGAUUCCAUCAGAAUAAAAUCAAAUCAGCCAUCAGGAACCAUUAAGAAUGAUACACAUUCCAUUAAAUUACCAUUCCAGACCAUUAGGAACCACUACAACUCCCUGCUUUCAGUAUGACGUCACUAAAGUUAAUCCUCAAGCCUGGUAUGCAGUAUAUCAUGCUUUACAGGUUACUCUAAGUCACAGAAUGGAAUGUGUGCUUAAAAUGUUUCAGAUCUGAGCCUCUUGCUACGAUGUCAAGCACGGUGGGAAAUCUCCAUACAGAACAUUUUAUAUUCUUAGGUCUGAAGAUUGUCUUUUGUGUUAAAAAGCAAUUUCUAGAGGUAGAUAAAAUAAAAUUACAUUUAUUACACUUUUCUUUUGAUAAUUUGCACUUAUUCUUUAAGAGUGUCAUUUUUAUUUGUUUGGUUUAGAGAAGUCUUAUGAGACUGAUGUUCAUUUUAUACAAUCAUUUAUUUUAAAAGGUGCCAAUAAUUCUGGAGUCGAGUGUAUGUUCUGCCCUUGUUUAGCACACUGGCGAGGGACGUUUCGACACAUCUGUGUGAGAACAAUGAAGGUCAGUCAUUUUCCCAGAGCCUGCCUCUGUCUCUCUCAUAAGAGUGUUUUGUUCAUGACCCCACAGGACACUCGGGUCCAAACGUCUCCACGUUCCUCCACAUAUCUAUUUAUUACACAUCUCAGUCUUAACCGUUCCCUAAGCUGUGUUUCGAGUCUGUCCGUUACGUCUGUGCAUCAGUUUUUAUUUCUGAUGAUUCUUCUCUCCCUCUAUAGAGCUAUGUGACAUUUAUGAUAAAAUGAUAUUCAUGAUGAAGUGCCUGCAAAACAGUAGCAAGCACCCAUGUCCUUAAGUGUUCUUAAUUUAAAUAGUCUACCUUUAUACGUACUACAUUGUCUUGCUUUUGAAUUGGCAUGGUUGUAGAUUUUAGGCUACAAACAUUAUAAAGCAGCAGAUAUUUCAAGGUGUAAGAUCAGUCCUAACCCAUUAGGGAGUUAGUUUAAAAGUAUGUUGGUUUGGACUCUUUUUUCUUUUUACUUCAAUCUCCCUGGUAUUUUAUUCUUCAUGCCUUUUUCUUCUCUUUCUGAAUAAACACUCAAAUCCUUUUAUCCCAUUCUCCAGAUCUGUGAAAGGUCAACAUUUUUCGUGUUGGGUCAUGUAAGAGAUGUUAUUCCCAUUGACUCCGAACAAGCAAAUGGAGUAAGAUUUUGAGCGGUUUGAGCUUUUUCAUCUUCAGUAAGAGAUUUAUCCUGGUCAGGGUCACGGUGGAUCCCAGGAACACCACGCGUGAGGUGGGAAAGCACCCUGGAUGAGAUGCCAGUUCAUCGCAGUGCAUCGUGCACACACAUUAUCAUAAAUUUCAUGCCUUAAAUAAAACUUAACUAAGUGAACGUGUGCUGAAAGUUAUAAGUCCUUAGACACCUUAAUGAGGCUCGUUCAAAUAAAUUAUCUCCCAGGUCCUUGAUUUUUUUAAUUACAGUGAUGGAAAUCACAAACAAAAGUUAUUAUAUUUAUUAUUGUGUUCUUAUAAUUAUUCAUUUAUUUGACUUGUCACUUGAAUUCAUUGAGUUUAAUUUAAACUUUAAUAAAUCAAAAACAAAUGGCUCUAAUAAAGAGAUGAAAUAAUGUUGUGCACAUGAACAAUUAACAAAUCAUUUUUAUGAAAUAAAUCUGUACACCAUGGAACUUAUUUUACAAUGAACUGCAAAGUUUGAGAAGCCCUGCUCUAGAUCAUGUCACCGCUGAUGUAAACUUUUAAGUUUACUAAUUUUAAAAAACUGCUUAGUCCAUGUUGUAAUGGGUUUUUG